CGCGGCGCGUGCCCGCUCUCUUUUCUCAGGCGGAGGCCGGGCGGAGCGGAGGCGCUGCUUCGGGGUCGUCCUCGCCGGGGGUCCGCGCCUUGACUGACCGCCUUUGCUGACGCCGUAAAAAUGGCAGCCAACUUCCUCAUGCACGAGAAGAUCUGGUUCGAUAAGUUCAAGUACGACGACGCUGAGAGGCGGCACUACGAACAGAUGAACGGUCCCAUCUGCAGCCCUUCGUGCCAGCAGGAGAACGGAGCCAGCACGAUCCUCCGCGACAUUGCCAGAGCCAGGGAGAAUAUCCAGAAGUCGCUGGCCGGACUCAAGACAGUUUUGCAAAACCCUCAGGAAGCCCCUCCUGCUCGUCGCAAGAAGCAGUCGGGUCCUGCGGCUAGUGGGAGCGGUACCUCUUCAGCGGGGCCCUCUGGAGACCAAAAUGAGCUGGUGGCCAGGAUCGCAAACCUGGAGACGGAGAAUCGGAACCUGCGUAGCGUGGUUACGGAUCUCCAGCUUGCCAUCUCCAGAUUGGAAACUCGCCUGGGCGUGCUGGAGAAGGCAUCCGUCUAUCAUCACCCUUCCCAGACACCCCCCACACAGCAUGUCACCCCCAUGAAGAAAGUUGAGCCAUUCCCUGCCCCCUCGAGGAAGGUGGAGCUGCCUGCGGGUUCACUUGCAAGGCAGGCGGAGUCCGCCGCUGCUGAGGAUGACGACGACGACGAUGAUAUCGACCUGUUCGGCAGCGACGAUGAGGAGGAAGACCAGGAGGCUGCCAGAGUUCGGGGAGAGCGGCUCUUUAAGUCCAAGAAGCCCGGCCUGAUUGCCAAGUCCUCCAUUCUCCUGGAUGUCAAGCCCUGGGAUGAUGAAACCGACAUGGCCAAGAUGGAGGAGUGCGUCCGAACCAUUCAGAUGGACGGUCUGGUCUGGGGAGCCUCCAAACUGGUCCCGGUGGGCUACGGCAUCAAGAAGCUCCAGAUCCAGUGUGUGGUGGAGGAUGACAAGGUUGGGACGGAUAUACUAGAGGAGGAGAUCACCAAAUUUGAAGACUAUGUGCAAAGUGUCGACAUAGCAGCCUUCAACAAGAUAUAACAACAAACCUUUACACUUUCUAAAGCUAAUAAAAGGUCAAGAGUUGGACAGCA